CGUGCCGCCACCAGUAUCCAUCCGAUCCAUCAUCAUCCGCCCUUGGCCCGCCGCAACCCCGCUGCCUCCACCCCCUCCGGUUUUGGCCCUUCUCUCUCGCUCUGCCGGCGUGCCCAAUAUAUACGCCCCUCGAUCGCGCUGCUCAUCAGCUCAUACAUAGCAGACCUGCCGACCAAGAACCUCUUACAUCAGUUUCGUUCCUUGCACUGUCUGCUGGCAAUGGCGGAGGCCAAGGCUGCACCUGCGAUGGUGAAGGAGGCCGAGGGCAGCGGUAGGAGGAAGACGGUGGUGCUGGUCGCCGUGGACGACAGCGACCACAGCUACCGCGCGCUGGAGUGGGCCGUGCGUCACGUGGCGACGGCCGGCGUGGCUGCCGAGCUCGUCGUCGUCCACGCCAAGCCCCCCGCGUCCUCCGUCGUCACCUUCGGCAGCCCCGCCGCCGCCGGGGACGUGGUGAGGGUCGUGGACGCGGACCUGCGCAAGAGGGCCGAGGACGUCGUCGACGGGGCGCGCCGCCUAUGCGUCGCCAACACGGUAACAGCCACGACCCCUGCUCGCCGCAUUGCUCGAUCACAGAGACAUUUCUGUAACAUGCCAAAUAAAUCGCAGGUGCAUGGUCUGAUAGAGGUGAUGGAAGGAGAGGCGAGGUACGUGCUCUGCGACGCCGUCGACAAGCACCACGCCGAUCUGCUCGUCGUCGGCAGCCAUGGCUACGGCGCCAUCAAGAGGGCAUUUCUCGGGAGCGUGAGCGACUACUGCGCCCAUCACGCGCACUGCUCCGUCAUGAUAGUCAAGCAGCCCAAGUCCAAGAAAUGACCGCGUCAUUAAGGCGCCGAGCCUGUUGUAUCUCUUCGUAAAAUCCUGAGUCCUGUGUGCGUGCAAGUGAUGUCAAACAGAUAUAUGUAAACAGUGUCGCGAAAACUGAACCAAUACCUCAAAUCCAGGUUAUAUUUCCAGCAUUA